CUCCGCUCCGCUCCGGUCCGGUCCGGUCCGGGUCCAGAUUCUGCCGUCCGGCCACGGGCCGCCCCGCAUCCUGGCCGGGUGAAGGUCUCCCCUCCGGCCGCAGAUCUGUGCUGACCCCUGACGACUCUGCUGACCUUUAACCCCUGACCUGCCUUUCAAAGUGUCAGAUUUGGGAAAUUAAACCAGUCGUUGAAUCCUCACUGGAAGCCUGAGCUGCUGGAGCUGAAGAAAAUUUCCUGGAUUGUUUUUAUUUUAAUGUAGAACAACAGGAGGAAAUUUUGAUCAAACAGAUUUUUGGGGUUCGUCCGGGAGUUUUUCUCACCAGCGUCCUCCGGUCCGGAUGACAUGGAUCCCUGGACCGAAGAACCAGGAAGUUGAUCAGGGACGCAGCAGAGGAAGGAGCAUGUCGUGGAAGGGGAACUACUUUGCAUCAGGAGGCGGCGGAGGCACACAGGGAGUGGCGGCGGCGCACACCAUGGCGUCCAUCGCUCCCAGUAAGGGGCUGAGCAACGAGCCGGGUCAGAACAGCUGCUUCCUGAACAGCGCACUGCAGGUUCUGUGGCACCUGGAUAUCUUCCGUAGGAGUUUCCGUCAGCUCUCCUCCCAUAAGUGUCUGGAGGAUUCCUGCAUCUUCUGCGCCCUGAAGAACAUCUUUGCCCAGUUCCAGUUCAGCAGCGAGAAGGUUCUGCCGUCCGACGCCCUGCGCAGCGCGCUGGCCAAGAGCUUCCAGGACCAGCAGCGCUUCCAGCUGGGCAUCAUGGACGACGCCGCCGAGUGCUUCGAGAACAUCCUGAUGAGAAUCCACUUCCACAUCUCAGACGAUACCAAGGAGGACGUCUGCACCGCCAGGCACUGCAUCCCGCACCAGAAGUUCGCCAUGACGCUGUUUGAGCAGUGUGUGUGCAGUAGCUGCGGAGCGACCUCUGACCCUCUGCCCUUCAUCCAGAUGGUCCACUACGUCUCCACCACCUCGCUGUGCAACCAGGCGCUGAAGAUGUUGGAGUGCAGAGACAAACCGACGCCCAGCAUGUUCGGAGAGCUGCUGCGCAACGCAAGCAUGGGCGACCUGCGCACCUGCCCAAGCCGGUGCGGCCAGCAGCUCCGGAUCGCCCGUGUUCUGCUCAACAGCCCAGAGAUCGUCAGCAUCGGCCUGGUGUGGGACUCGGAGCGGUCGGACCUGGCCGAGGACGUCAUCCACUCCCUGGGAACCCGCCUGCGACUCGGAGAUCUGUUCUACAGGGUGACGGAGGAGAAGGCCCGGCGGGCCGAGCUCUACCUGGUGGGCGUGGUCUGCUACUACGGCAAGCACUACUCCACCUUCUUCUUCCAGACCAAGAUCAGGAGGUGGAUGUACUUCGAUGACGCUCAUGUGAAGGAGAUCGGGCCCCGGUGGAAGGACGUGGUGUCGCGCUGCAUCAAGGGCCGCUACCAGCCGCUGCUGCUGCUGUACGCCGACCCGCGUGGGACGCCGGUGACCCUGCAGGACCUGCCUCCGCGCCUCGACCUGCAGCGCCUCCACAGGGGCUACGACAGCGAGGACUCGGGCCGUGAGCCGUCCAUCUCCAGCGACACGCGAACCGACUCGUCCACAGAGAGCUACUGUGGCCACCAGUCCUCCCAGUCCUCCCAGUCCUACCAUGAGGCCGUGGCGAGUCGCUGCUCAUCCGACUCCCAGGGAACGCUCGUCUGCAUGGAGCGACCCGACAGAACGCAGCACGCCUCCCUCUGCAGCCUGGACGCCAUCGGCCGCGAUGCGGAAGCUGAGCAGCCUCUGAGGAAAGGAGGCGGAGCCGCAGAAAGGAGGCGGAGCUCCAACAGGUCGCUGCGAAUCAAACCAGAACCCGAGUCGCCAUCAGCAGGUUACCACAGCGAUGGAGAAACCUUAAAGGAGAAGCAGGCUCCUCGGCACCUCCCCAAACCUUCAUCCUCAUCCUCAGCCAGUCGCCUCAGAGACUUUAAGGAGACGAUGACCAAUAUGAUCCGCCGGUCGUCCUCCUCGUCCUCGUCCUCUCUGCCGACCGCCGUUCUCUCCUCUGAGCUCCUCCCUGCUGCAGUCCCGGACUGGGAGGCCGACAGCACCAGCAGCGAGUCCAAGGCCAGCUCCUCAGGAGGAGCGGGGAGUUGCCGGCCGGCCUGGAGGCCGCGGAGGGAGACGCUCAACAUCGACAACAUCUUCACGCGCGAGCGGCGCAGGCAGGCGGGAUACAACCCGCUGGGGGGAGGAGCUUGUGAGGCCGACGGGGCCCACACCGCCUCCUCGGGCCAGGAGGAGGCGCCGUCCAUCAGAGCGGCGCUCUGCCGGACUCUCCCCAGCUCCUUCAGAGGACAGCAGCUCCCUGCUCCUCCUAGGUUGAUCCAGAGGAUGGAGAGCGGCUACGAGAGCAGCGGGAGGAACAGCCUGGACCUCAGCCUGGGCGACAGGGAGAGCGUUGACAGGAAGCCUUCCUCCUCCUCAUCCUCAGGACCGUCGUGGAAGAACAUCAGGUCAAAGAGGAGCGGCGCUCUGCUGCAGGACCUCCACUCCACCAGCAGGGGGCGCCUCGGUACGAAGGCCCUCGUCUCAGGAGAUCCAGAGAGCGUCUGUAACCCUGACGUUCCUGCUGCUGCAGCGCCCCCCGCAGGCCGCAGCGAGCUGGACCAGCUGCAGGAGGAGGUGCUGCAGAGAGCCAGGGAGGAGGAGCGGCAGCGGCGGCAGGAGAAGGAGCGGGAGGAGGCGCUGGGCUUCAACCCCAGACCCAGCAAGUACCUGGACCUGGACCAGCUGCAGAUCCAAGGUAAAGGCGACAGCUUAGACAGGUGUGUGAUGGAGGCGGAGCUCCUGCUGGACCAGUCGUUGCGGUUGGAGCAGGCGGGCGAUGUUGCGGCGGCGCUGUCUGCGGUCAAUGAAGCCGUGUCCAAGCUGCGGCCGGUGGCGGCCGAGGGCGCAGCCGGCAGCCACAGCCGGCUGCAGCGCUGCAUGAGGAGAUGCCGCAGCCUGCAGCAGCGCAUGCAGCAGCUGCAGCAGUCAGAGGCAGUAAGACAGGAAGCAGAGCAGCAGGAGGAGCAGCAGACGCUGGAACAGCCCAGAUCAGAGCCUCUCCAGCUCCCAGUACUUCUGACAGACAAGCAGGGCAACCAAUCAGCUGCCCAACAGGACCACCAGGCUCCUGCCCCUUUCACCUGCCUUGUUAAGCCCCUCCCUCCUGCAGAGGGUUUGCCCUCUGACCCUGCCUCCAGUAGGAGCCCCUGCUCUGGCUUUGGGAAACUCGGUAGCACCAGGUCCCUCCCUGCUCUCGCUGUGGAAACUUACCUGGACGACUUGGCUCCGCCCCCUCUACCGGAAGAGGCGUGGUCUGGCCCGUCACAAGCCCUGCCUCCUCACUGGCCACGUUCUCAAACUCCAUCACCUGCCACAGGUGACAACAGGUGUCUUGAGAUGACGGAAGAUUCGGGAUACAAACAGGCCACGCCCACAAGCCUAGCCCCGCCCCCUUCCUCUUGCCCAACCAGGAAGUGGUCUUGUUUAACCCUGGAUCAGCUGGAUGUUGUGGAUUCUCCCUCUGGCUCUGCCCUCACUGUGGGCUGGCCAAUCAGGAGCUGCUCCCCACCAGCCAAUCAGGUUCUCAGAGGCCUGCCUGUGCAACGCUGGGCUGAAAACGUCAACAGAUACUACAACUCCCAGCAUGCAGCGGCAGAAGAGGAGUUAUCGGAGCUGGAUACGCUGUACCAGGCCAGCCUGCAGGCUCCCAGCACGCGGGGCAGCCGUGGAGUCACCCCGCAGCCAGGGGGCAGCAGAGCAGCGGUGAGGAGAACGCCGUCCGGAUCCAGACGCUGCAAAACGCCGACGGCUGAAAUCGAGAGAAACGCCUACAGGAGACCGGUCUCACCUGGAGAGCAGCCCCCUGCAGGUGACGACGAGAACUACAGCGCAGAGAACCUGCGACGCCUCGCUCGAACUCUGAGUGGAACCGCGAUCAGAUCGAGACCGCAGAACCUCCAGCAGAACCUCCAGCAGAACCUCCAGCAGAACCUCCAGUACAGCUGUGGCCCCUCUGUGUCCAGGCCCCCCCUCAGACACUCAGACCUUCACUGCUCCUCUUCCUCCUUCCUCCUCCGCCCCAGCACCUCCUCCCUCCACCUCCCCUCCUCCUUCACAGCAGACGGCUCCUCCCUCCACCGACUCCACGGCCCUCCGGCUCCACGGCCGCCCCCACCUGCAGACGCCACGGCCCCCCCCUCCUGGUCUUCCUCAGGUUCACCUUGGCACCAGGUUCUGGUUCUGUCUGACAGCGGUCCGACUCCUUCAGCUCUCCGCGGAGUUGCCAUGAGUUACGCCACUCUUCCUCGGAGCGCCCCGCCCCCCUCCAGGCCCAGACCCGGUUCUGCUGGUUCUGCUGGUCCACAGAGUCUCUACGGCGCCCCGCUCGCCCCCCAGCGCCAUCAUCAGGCAUCACUUCCUGCUCCACGGCGCCCCCAUGUGUUAGAAGAUGUUCCUGCUCAGCCUCGGCGCCUCGACGUUCCUCCUGAGACGGACUGGCGGCGCCAUGUGGACCCGCGGGCCGCCCGGCACCGACCCGCCAGGCCUCUGUGGCCCGGUACCAUUCAGGCAGCAAACAGAGAGGGAGCCGUCGGCAGGUUCAUGGAGGUCAGAGUUCACGACCAGAACCAGAACCUCAGUGGAGACAGAAGAAGCUGAGCAGAUCCAGAACUUCCCUGAAGAACCAGAACAGAGCCGGAUCAGAACCAAAGCCAGCAGAACUCUCGGUCCAGAACCUCCUCUGUUCUGCUGGACCCGUGUGGCUCCAGCUGAGCAGCAGCAGAAGAAAAGAACCUGGAUGUGGUUCUGCUCCAGCGUAGACGUUCUGCAGGUUCUGGUUCUGUUGGGUUUCCUCUGGGAUCUUCAUCCUGAUGUUUCCUGUUUCCCUUACCCAGUUCUGAUGUCACUUCCUGACCGGUUUCCUUCCUGUUUUCCCAAAAGUUCUGCAGAACUCCGCCCGGCUGGCGCCGCAGGUGGGCAGAACAAACCCACCAGCUUUAUGUGAAGGUGAAGAAACGUCCCAGUCAAAGUUCUGCUUCCCAUCAUGUCAGUUUCUAGUCCGGCUUGUUUUUCUCAACCUCAUGUCCAAGUUCUGGUUCUGUUGAUCCAGAAGGUUCUGAAUGAGUCCAGAAACCAGAGCAACAAAAAUAGAAAAAUGUUGUGCAGGUUUUCAGUUUCCGGUAGAAAAUCUGAAUGAAAGAAAAGAAUAAAUAUUUUCCACUUUUGACUUUCA